AUGUUUAGGCUCGCGACCUUGUUGCUCGCAAAAAAGAAGCCGCUGAAGCCACCGUCAAGGCGUGGGCGGGCGGCGGCGGUGGCAACUACGGCGCGAAGAACAAUGAAGUCACCCGCAAGAAGACGUUUGCCGUCGCGGACUCGAACACCUGCAAAACGUGCAGGGGGGAAAGGGGAGACGGCAUCAGUCAUUCCCAACAUCGAUGCUCCGAACCGCCAACCACAUCAUCACCAUGACCAAAAAAGCAGCGGCGACGAAAAGGUAGGCACCAACAGCAACAUGGGAAGUGGUGUUGCGAAUACUAGCAGUAGUGGUAGCGAUAACGUGGCAGUUCAGACGACGGCGAUGGCGAAAACGACGGAGGCAACAGUGGACACCAGUGAGAAGAAGCCGCCCUAUUGCCUUGCUACUGCCGUCUCAACAAUUGUUGUUCCCCCAGCUGCCAACUUUCUGCUUGAGAACAUGAAGCAGACGCUUGCACCGUCCUUGCAGAGGCCAAAUGACGGCGGCGUAAGCAGCAGUUCCUCUGAAGAAACUCGGUCCCCUGUAUCGCAGAUGGAGGAGUUUUACACUUCAAAGAAGGGCCCUUUGUUUGCCACCGCGGUGAUUGCUGGCACGAAUGCCGUGAAGCAAGCUAGUCAGCUGAUUCCAUUCUGUCAUCCUGUACGUAUUCAGAAGUGUUCCUUCACCUUUAGGCGGCGGGUCGUUGCGGGUCUCAGUCGAACCUCCGCACUUCCCCAUCGGGUGGUGUUGCGUAAACGCGUGAGCCCCCCACCGCCCCCCAGCCGUGCCCGCGGAGAGUGCAGCGUUUUGUACUGUUUUUGCACCGUUGCGAGUGAUGACUCCAAGGCGGGAGUGGAGAUGGAGGCGCUGACGGGGGCCAGUGUCGCCGGUCUGACGUUGUACGACAUGCUCAGGACCCUGCCGGGAUCGCAGGAGGACGGAUUGAGCAUCGGCGAGUCCUUCGUGCUCGCGAAGCGCGGGGGGAAGAGUGACUUCACGAAAAUACUCAUGUCGGAGCUGGAGAACGUGCCAGAGCCAACGCCACCGGCGACGAGAGACGCGGGGGGAGUGGAGACGGCAGGGAUGCUGACCGAAGGAGGCGCAACGCCAUCGUCCGCGACAGCGGCGGCGGAGGCGCAAAGCGAAAAUGAGGGUAAUGACGACAAAAGUAAAGGCGACGCCCCCGCAUCCAGCAGCAGUGGCAGCGGUCAUGAGCAGCCGCAGAGGGACUCAGGCGGGACGCCGGGGGACGCAGACGGUAAUGCAGCGACGCCGGACGAAUUGGAGGAAAAGGGCGCCUGGUGGAAGUCUACGGCGCGCGAAAAGAAACUCCAGCAGCUCCACCCGCGCCGAAGGUACGAGUCACAAGAGAAGACGCCGAUGGAAGACGAGUCACCACCAACAAAGAAAACAAAAUCAACACCAGCAACGACGGCUGCGGCCACUACCGCCGCCACCGCUGUGCGAAGGAACAAAAACACGGAAGAUGCCCCGGCAAAGAAGAAAAUGGAAAACAAGACGCGGCUCAAAAUGAAGGCAAAGGUGGCAAAAAUCCGCCCAAGGCGUUUGGUCAUCCCGCUGGCGAAGCGUCGCGUAGAAAGCAGCAUACCUGAAGACGAUGCCAGUGCCGCGGCAGACGAUGCUGAUGAUCACGAGGAUGUUGUUGUUGCGAUGAAGAAGAAGAAAAAGAAAAAGAAGGAGAACCGUGAAGUUGCCGUGGCUUCAAACAACAAACGUGCCUCUUUAAAGAAGACCGCCGUCCAUGACUCUGCCGAUGCCGACGAUGACAGUGCUGACGUGGAUAAUGACGAAGAGGGGGAGGAGGAAUUCGCUGUUGAUACGUUUGAAAAUGAGGGUGAUUUGGCACCUCCAGCACGACGCGAGAAAAAGCGACCACGGCGAAAUGUGAGGGAGACCGCCAAAAUGAAUGACAACGUCGCCGAUGAAGACAAGGACGAUGAAGCAGAUGAGGAUGAGGAUGAUGAUGAUGAAGAAAGUUUUCACGAAGAAGAAGCCGUUGACGAGACACGGGAAUAUGAUGACGAUGAGGAGGAGGAGGAGCUCCCCGCGCGACGGCAGAAGGCGGCGAAGAAGAGAAAUAAGACACCGCCAUCGCCCCCACCGCGUCGUGCGAGGGGCAGCGAGGUGACCAGGCCGGUGAGGCAUGACAGCUGGGACAACGAGACGGAGGUUGAGAGUGAGUUUGAUCAGGACGACAGUGAGGCGCACGAAUUUUUCGAGGAGGAGGAGGGGGAGGAGAAGCCUCCACCAACGCAUAGAAAAAAGAAGACCGGCAAAACCAGCCGGACUCAGCGGCAGACGGCGCGACGCUGA